AUGGCAGACCUCUUCACCUCAGCGGCCCAGCAAGACUCCAUAAUCACCGCUAUCAAGGCAUUUAUAGCACUACCAGAAUCUGUUCCAGAUAAUACCGACUACAUAUCCUUCAGUAACAUCUCCGCUGUUAAUGCUCAUGCUAUUAGAAGCGCCUUCGACAAUGAUCCAAUUUUUGACGCCGCAUACGCAAGGUUCACAUAUGAUCCCAUGUUCGGGCAAAUUAGGAUUACAAGGGGCAGUCCAUUGAUCGAUGUUACGGCGAAUUGGUUACAGAAGCAGGAGAAAAAAUGGAAAGAGAAUAGAGCUGUACAGAUGUUCACAUAUCAGAAUGAUAUUUUAUCUUACGGUGGACUCGGUAUGUUCGAAAGCUCCUAUCCAGCCGUCCAUGCUCAAAUUGCUUUUCAAACCAGGACCUGGGAGAACCUGCAAAUGCAAGAUUGUGUUCCCAAUGUUAAUGAUAUAUUUUUUGUGCAGAAUUAA